AUGCCAUAUAAAUGUUAUGUAGCAAUCAGAUUGGAUUGGUCUAUAUGUAGUCAACAACAUCCGUUGAAGAUGAAAUUGAAUGUUGCCAUAAACUUGUGGAAACGAAUGCAAUGUUUGACUACAACGGAUGAAGAUUUUCGAUUCUUAUUCAAAAGGUUAUUGUUUGAAAACAAUUUUCCAAAACCGUUGACAAAUCGCAUCAUCAACAACAAUAAUAACACACAAAUACACAAUAAUCCACCCACAGUUGAUGUUGUUUUUCGUCCUAUGGUGUACAUUGAAGGUUUAUCAAAUCGAAUCAAGAAAAUCAUCAAUAAGAAAAUUCCUAAUGUAAAAUUUGGUUUCAAGCCUCAAAAUAGAGUGAAACAGUUUUUUACAAACUUGAAAGAUAAGAUUGCGAAGAAAGAAAAGAGGAAUUUGAUUUACCAAAUUGAUUGCCAAUGCAACAAGUCAUAUGUGGGUCAAACUACACAAAUGUUGCACAAAAGAUUGAUAACAAUCUACGAGAUUUGUCAUAACCGCAUGUUGUUCAACAACUCAAUGCUUAGUGAAUGCAUAAUUUUUCUUUAUGAACUUGGUGAUUCAAGACGAAAACCUAAUAAUUUUGUCUAUAUGUAG